AAUACCUUAACUAAAACUUGUACCCUACGUAAGCACCGUGGCCCCCAAGCAAACCUAAAACCUUAAACCCUAUAUAAACCCUCCGUUUUCUCUCUUCUCUUCUCUUCCUCUCCCCUGUUUCAAACUCCCUUGUUUUCUCUCCCCUGUCUGAAACACCUCUGUCAUUUCCCCCAAAAUAAUAAUGGGUAAAAGAAUUACUCGUAAAUGGUCAGAGAUCAACGAGCACAUCUUGUCUUUAAUCAUCAGCAAAAUCAAACACCCAUCUGAUCACAUUCGAAUUAGCGCCGUAUGUUCAUCUUGGAGAUCAGUCGCAAAGUACUAUCGCUACACCUUAUCACACCCAAUCCCUGGCCUCAUGAUCAGCAUUCCUCGAAACCCCCUUCAACGGAAAUUCAUCAAUUUUCCACCGUCUGAUGAUUACUAUCACACCAUAAACGUCCCCUGUUCUUCUCACCGCUGUCGCGGGUCGUAUGGGGGUUGGCUAGUCCUCACUGUAGCAGAUAAUAACUCUAACUCCAUUUAUCUGUUAAAUCCUUUCCUAAAACGGCGGCGUUUCCUGCCAAAUACGCCGGAGAAUGUCAAGAAGGCAGUUCUUUCUUCGUCUCCUUCGUCCGACUUGAAGUUCGUCGUUUUGGUGCUGUUUGAAUCUCAAGGUGCUGCGUUUUGUAAGCUUGGUGAUGUUUUAUGGACAAGGUUAAAAAUUUUAUUCUGUGACGAAUGUGGGUUUUCGGAUGGAUUGUUUUUUAAGAGGAGAUUCUAUGUGGUGGAUGAGCACGGUAAGAUUUAUACCUGCAAUCUUGAUGAUAGUUUGAUUGAGGAGAUUUCAUCUCAGCCGUCUGAUGUAACGAAGGAUGUAAGACGUAAGUUCUACUUGGUGGAAAUUGAAGGGGGGCUUUGUAGAGUGCUUAGAAAAUUUUCAUCUAAUGAAAGUUUCUACUAUGAAAUUGCCACCGAUGAUGGGGAUAUUUACAAUGAUGCCCCUUAUAUAUAUCCUUUGAAUUCGACUGUCGAGUUUCGGGUUUGUAAAUUGGAUCCGGGUACGAGGAAAUGGGUCGAAGUGAAGUGGCUUGGGGAGUAUGCUCUGUUCUUGGGCAUGAACAAUUCUGUUUGUUUAUCUGAAUUGGAAGUUGCUGGGAUUGAGGGGAAUAAAGUAUAUUUUACGGAUGAUAGGCAAAGGAAUGUGAAAGAUUUAGGUUUUGUUCGACCCGGAAAAGAUAUGGGAGUUUACAAUGUGGAUGAUUCAAGUAUCAAAUCGCUUUGUUGGACCCAAUUGGAGUGGUUGACGAGCACGGAUCCGUCUGCGGUAUGGGUUGCCCCAUUGCCUUGGUAGAAGGAAGAACUGUGUCCAUUAUGGAGAUAAACAAUUUCAUUAUUAAUCACAUAAAAGUAAAGUCUUGUUCUAUUUUGUUUUUGUGAAUGUAAACUAUAGAACUAUUGCAGCUGUAUCUUCACUUUCUUGUUCACUUAUUUGUGCUUAAGAAUAGUUUUAUAUUUUUCUUGUAAUAAUUUAGGCAUUUCGAAAUAUGGAGUACAAAAUGCUUGAAUAUUAUCACAUA